AUGUUGCAAACAAAAGCUAUAUCUUCCAAACUUCUCAGAUGGAAUAUUAAAGGUUUUGCAACUGCAAGGGUCACUUACAUCGAAUCCGCUUGUGAUUCAUUGUUUGUAAAUAAAAAAGAGUACAAAGUUAACCAGGAGUGGACAAAUGUCACACCCACAAUCCUAAAUCUAACAGCUCGUGCUCUUUUUUUGAAGAAUAACCAUCCAAUUGGUAUUUUGAGAAAUAUGAUUGAAAAUAAAAUGAAUAUCAUUGACAAUUCAUAUUCAAUUCAUAAUAAUUUUAAGCCUGUAGUAUCAACAUUUGAAAAUUUUGACUCUUUAGGGUUCCCAAUGGAUCAUCCAGGAAGAUCUAAGUCUGAUACUUACUAUAUUAAUAAAGACUUUCUAUUGCGUACUCAUACAUCUGCGCAUGAGAUAGCAUGUUUCAAACAAUUGAAGGGAACUCCGUCUGAUGUAAAGUCGGGUUUCUUAAUCUCAGCUGAUGUUUAUAGAAGGGAUGAAAUUGAUCGUACUCAUUAUCCAGUUUUCCACCAGAUGGAAGGUGCUAGAAUUUGGGAACGUGGAACAGAAGAUAAAGAAAACGAUUCUAUUGAACCAACGCACAUCACACAGAUGAGGAAAGAUAUAGACAAGUUACACAAACAAUUAGAGAAGGAAGAAACAAAAAUUAUUGUGCAAGAUAAUGCUUCCUUGGAUGAUAAUCCAAAACAAGACUAUAUGACAGAUCUGGAAGUUGAUUUAUGCCAACAACAUUUGAAAAGAUCAGUCGAAUUAGUAGUAGCAGAAGUCUUUAAUAAGAAGAUACAAAGUAUGAAGCAAUCAAAAAUGAACCAAGAUGAGAUCCCUAAGGAAUUGAAGGUUCGUUGGAUCAAGGCAUAUUUUCCUUGGACAGCUCCAUCUUGGGAAAUCGAAGUAUGGUGGCAAGGAGAGUGGCUAGAAAUUUGUGGCUGUGGAUUAGUACGUCAAGAUGUUUUAAUUAAAUCUGGAUAUGCUAAAGACAGUACCAUUGGUUGGGCAUUUGGUUUAGGGUUGGAUAGAAUUGCUAUGCUACUAUUUGAAGUUCCUGACAUCAGAUUAUUCUGGUCUCUAGAUAGUAGAUUCCAUGACCAGUUCCAAAAAAAUGAAAUAACGCCUUUCGUUCCAUACUCAAAAUACCCAGGCACGACUAGAGAUGUCGCAUUUUGGUUACCAGAUGACAACUUAGAAGUUGAAGUUCAUGAGAAUGAUAUAAUGGAAAUUGUACGGAAUGUUGCUGGUGAUUUAGUCGAAUAUGUGAAACUUAUCGACGAAUUUAAAAAUCCUAAAACCGGAAAAACUUCACAAUGUUACAGAAUUAAUUACCAAUCAAUGGAUAGGAACAUUACAAAUGAAGAAAUUAACAAAUUACAAGAAACUGUACGUAAGGAAUUAACCAGAAAAUACAAUCUUGAAGUAAGAUAA